AUGACGAGCAAAGCGGAGACGGCUGCAGAGGGUGCGACAAGCACGGCGGGAGAGUCGCCUGCACCCGAGAUGGAAUCGUCAGCAGUGAUUGAGUACUUGCGCUCGCGCGGCUUUGCGAAAGCGCUUGCGGCGAUGCAGGCGGAAAUUGGUGCGACGGACGGCGCUGCGCAGCCAGACGCGGCAAAAGCACACGACCCGCACUUUGGCGCGCAGACGGUGAGUAUGGCUGAGCUUGCGAGUAAGAAUGUGCCGCGCGAUCCCCGCGACAAAGAUGCGCCGGAUACAGGCCCCAGUUCUGCGCUGGAGCACGCCGGGGCGCAAGCGCUGUUGCUUGAUCCUACAGAUACCGCGCGUGGCUUUGCCAUGAUCAAAACAUGGUGCUGCGGCAGUUUGGAUAUAUAUCAGCCGGAGCUACUGCCGCUGCUACUUCCACUAUUUGUGCAUAGCUACAUGAACCUUGUGGACAUGGGACUGGGGUCCGCUGCCGAAGAAUUUUACGUGGCACACACUUCUUUCUUCCAGCCGAUGCACGCCUCUCUCCUCUCGCAUUUGCGUGCGCUUUGCUUGCCGUCACAAAUACAGUCAGAUGAGCUUGCGCAGCGCUUCCGCACGGAGCGCUACGUGGUAAAAAUGUCGCCAAACGUGUUUGGCCUACUAAUUGGAUGGCUUACGGAUGGGACGAGCCCGGUAGGCUUUGCGAGCAUGGACGAUGCUUCGCUGAUUGACAAUAUGCUUGAGCCUUCGCGCCGUGGGCGUGAAGCAAUGCUUAAGAUCAUCAACGAGCGCUGCCGUCUGCAAGUGCUGCGUCAUUCCAUGUUCCAGCUGAAUCCCUCCGAGCUCGAGGAAGGCACGGGACUUACCGGUGUCGGCCUGACCUACUCGAGCGCACCGAGCUCUUUUUCUGCUUCGCGUUUUCACCCCUCGCUCCAGUCGAACGCGGUGACCGAGACGGACACGAUUGCGGACUAUAAUGCACGCGCUGCCGGCCCCCAACUAAAGCUGCACUCACGCAUCCCACUUGCGGACGAUUUGAAAGAGGAAGUGGAUCAUAUUUUGAAAGGCGAGCAGCAGCAGCAGCGUGCCGUCGACACUCCGAAAAACGACGGCACACCCGCACCCGAGACGCAACGCGCGCGCUCCGAAUCCGCAGUGCCUUCCGCCCGCAACGCUAGCGAGGAGGAAGAGAACGAGGAGAUGGGCGAGCCCGACCCGAAUGCCGACCUACUUGGCCCCGCGCUGGUCGACUUGCCGCCGCAGCCCUCGACAUUCCGCACGGUGGAUUUGCUGCGAGAAGUCGAGCGCGUGCGCGACGCUCGCAAGUGCCUGCGCAUUGAUCCCUCGCUUCCCAUUGAGUCUGCCAGCGUCGCCAACGAUGCUGGAAAGCAGGAGAAUGGAUGGCCCGGUGUCCCACGCACCGUCGGUCUCCCUAGUGUGUGCCUAUACACCUUUUACGAUGCCGAGGACGGCAUGACCUGCUCUAAAUUCUCCGAGGAUCUCACGUUGAUGGCUGCGGGCUUUGAAGAAAGCUACGUACAGGUAUGGAGCUUGAAAGGCGAGCCAUUGCGCGAGCUGGAAAGCGACCUGAACCUGUCCACCGUGCGCGACCGCAAGUCGCUACACAAGCACCGUGUUCCUCGCGCCGAGACGUCGCGCAAGCUUGUGGGCCACAGUGCGCCCGUAUACAGCGUUGCUUUUGAUCCCGUUGGCGGGAGCGGAAGCAGCCCCCGCAGUCUAUUGAGCUGCAGCGCAGAAGGCAUCACCCGACUCUGGAGCUUGGAUACCUAUUCCGCGCUCGCAGCGUACCGUGGGCACCAGUACCCUGUAUGGGAUGUGACUUGGGGCCCGCUUGGCACCUACUUUGCCACCGCAAGUGCGGACCGCACCGCGCGACUUUGGAGCACAGAGCGAAUCAAUCCGCUGCGCAUUUACGCUGGCCACUUGUCUGACGUGGACUGCGUGCGCUUCCACCCCAAUUCACUGUACCUUGCCACUGGCUCUUCGGACCGUACGUGCAGAUUGUGGGACGUACAGCGCGGUGCAUGUGUGCGUCUCUUUGUCGGCCACCAAUCGCCCGUUUCCUGUAUCCGUAUCAGCACCGACGGCCGCUACUUGGCGUCUGCGAGCGGCGGCAACACGCUCGGCUCUCUUGCCCAGCAACUCGACCCCUCGCCAGACGCGUACUCCAUCUCCCUUUGGGAUCUUGCGAGCGGCCGGCGGAUCAAGAAAAUGUGGGGACACACGAGCACAAUCCACGAAAUGGACUUUAGUGCGGACAGUGCCGUGCUUGUGUCGGGCGCUGCUGACGAAACCGUUCGCUGCUGGGACGUGCGCGCGGCAGGCCAGGAGAUGCCAGCGGUGCACGAUGGCAGUGCACUGCACUUUGACGCUGCGCGCGCAAGUGCUGACUGCGUCGCAACGUACUUUACGAAAAACACCCCCGUCUACGACGUGCAUUUCUCCCCCCGCAAUCUCUGCCUUGCGUCGGGCGUGUAUGGACCAGAUAGUGGACCGUAG